UCGUACCUUGUUUUUGGCGACACAAAUGUCUAAAAUAUCCUUGAUAAUUUCACUUUAAAUUUUUGGGUUAUUUUGUAGAGCCAAAUACCUCUAAUAAUUUCACUUUAACGAGACCUAAAAAAUAAAAUGGGGAACAAAACUGACAUUUUCGCUCUCAUUUGCCGAUGUCGGGUCAUCUACAUCUCGGUUCAACCAUGGUUGGCAAUUUUUUUAAUGGAAAUUGUAACAGAAGAGCAUGUUUGAUCAUCUCGGUUCAACCAUGGAUGAAACCAUUAAUCUUUUUAUCGGCUCGAUUUAAAACCAGAAGAACACCCCCUAAAUCGAGUUCAUAAUAAUCUAAAAGGUUGUUUACGAAUGGAGUGCUCUUAUGAUAUAAAGAGUGACCGGCAGGCCCUUGAAGGAGAAGACAAAAAGGUGUACGAAGAAUGGGCUAUGGGCUAAAUUCUAUGCUAGACGCCAAUUACUCCUCAACUAAUAAAGCAAAUGUUACGAUAAUAUUGGUGACAAAAUAGAAUGUUACCAAAAACUCAAAGUUGAUGUUUUAAUUUUGUAAUACAAAUGCUCUUAUGAUGUGUGCAUUUGAAUGGAGUAUUGGUUGCAAGAAAAAAAAAUGCAUGUAAGAAAUACAUUAUUUAGUAUUUGUGAUUCACAAAAAAGGAAAGCACAUUAUAAAUAUAAUAAUUGAAAUUAAAGAUAGAGAAUUCGUCCCCUCUCUUAUUAGAUAUAGUAUUUGUGAACUCUUGCAAAGUCCUCGUGUUGUAUCCUCUUCUUAUAUGAUUUUAGCAAUAGGGUAGCCCAUUUGGUAGCUAGAAAGGCUCUUGCAUUGUACUCGAUUGCAACUUGCGAGUCGUUUCUUUGAUUUCCAUGAUGUAACUACCUAUUUUUCGAAUCAAUGAAUGACUAUUUUUUUUAAAGAAGAGAAUUUGCCUUUUUUUUGCUAUGAUUCUAGAAACUAAUGACUCUUGUUAUUUCAUAGAUUAAAGACCCUUUGUUGCUAUGAUUUUUUUAAAGAAGAGAAGUUAUAUUGUUUCACUAUCCGGUUAGCGAGUCAGGUCCAGGAGCAAAGCGCUCGGUUGGGGGUGCAAGGUGGCCCUUGAUCCACACUCCACGGUGUAUGGACUUAUACACGUUUUGUUUUUAUUUUAGGUAUGCUCUGUAGCCUUUCCUUUUCCGGAGAAAAAUGUUAUAUAUAUAUAUAUAUAUUCACAGUUUAUGUAAUUCCUAUAUUCUCAAGAAUAGAGAAACCACUCUCUCCUAUCCGUGGACGGUAGCUAACACACAUUGUGUUAGUGAACUAAGUAAAUCUCUACGUUUUUUUUAUUAUUACUUUCUUGUAUUGUCGAUUUCCCAAUAUAUUAUGACACUUCCAGCUCCGAACACAUAUACAACGAGAACUCAAACUAUAUUUUAGCUUGCAACAACAACAAAUCAUAGAAAAUAGAUAGGCACAAGUCAGAAAAUCAUUCACCAGAUGAUCAGAAGAAUCCUACCUUGGAAGCAAAUUCAGGAACACGAUCCAUUUGAUUUGAUUCGUGUUGAAUAUAAUAGUGUAGAAGAAGUUUGGGAGGAAAUUUCAAGUGAUGGUGGUAAUGGAGAAUGGGUGUGAAUGUGAUAGUAGUGGUGGGUGACAUGCCAUUGCCAGCCAGAUACAGUCAUCAAUUCAUUUUCAGGGUUGCAUUCCAAGUACACUACAAGCUAAGCAAACAAAUCUGCUGGGCCAGAAGAGAGAAGAUCAUCACUUGCUGCCAUUCAAUAUCAGGUUUUGUCGCUCCAUGGGCGGACCAGCGCUGCAGGCGCCAGCAGCAUCUUUCUCUCUCAUCUGUUUCAACAGUUCUGUUUACUUACUCACUGCUAUUGAACAGGUAUAUGAGGAGGAGACUAGAAUAAAUUGGGUCUAUACUUCCACGGCCGUCCAUUGAAUUGCACUUUUUAGUAUAAUGAAAGUAAAAAAUAUCAAAUCAUAUUUCUUGUGUCAAUUGUUAACACGAAUUGCACUUUCAAUUCACAAAUAUGACUCUGACAAUCAUUAUACAUGUGUGUAUAUACAAUUAUACAUGAGAAUACUGACCAAUGACUAAUUAAUAUUUAUUAUAGAAUAAUAUCAAUUUUUGUACUCAUAAUCAAUCAAUUAAUCACACACCACGAAUAUAACUUAUAAUAUACUAUUGAAUUAACUAACAUGCCUGGGUGGAGGCUCCCCAAUAUUCGGAGACCUUGUGCCGAAGAGCCUCCAAGGCGACCCUAAUGAUUGCCCAUGUUGAGGGUUUUGUCUCGGGAGUUUUGGUUAUUACUAAUUUUAUGGAUUGAAUAUUGGGAUAAAACCUAGUGAAUUUCGUUAGUGGUAUGGUUGAUAUAAAAGGUUCAAAUUAUAGUUAUCAAUUCAUCAUACACCAAAAACACACCCUAUAAUACAUGACUGGAUUAACUAACGAGCCUAGGUGGAGGUCCCCUAAUUAUCAGGGACCAUGUGCCGAAGGGCCUUCCAUCACACCCAAUUACCGCCCUGUUUUGUCUCCACGGUUUUGAACUUUAUGUUAUUUAUUGAUUGAAUUUUGGAUAAAUCGAUGGUUAUCUGUAACUAUCUUUUUUAUGUUUGUAUGAAUAUCAGUGUUCGUAAUGAAUUAUGCUUUGUUUUCAUAACCGGACCGGAGACUGAACUGGAAAGUUAGUGGUUUAGGGUUCAGUGGUUAACCGUUACAAAAUCGUUAGUGAACCAUUGAUAGAACUGUUCAUGAUAUGUAACAUAUAAAAUUUGUAUAUUACACUAAUUUAAGAAUGAAAUUAUUGUUGAUCAUAAACAAUUUCAAAUUCAUAUCAUCACCAAAAUAUCUAAUAAAUCAUUCAAACCAUCUAACAUAAAGAAUUAAUAUAUUUUUAUACAAAUUAAAAUUUACGGCGUCAGUCGGUAGUGGACAACGUAAAGUCGACAACAAGGCGGGAAUGAGAAGAGGAAGCAUAUAUAAAAUUAAUAAUUAUGAUUUGAUGGUCUUAGUUUAUGUUAAAGUAUUUUUUUUAAAACCUUUUUUGCUAAAAUAGUGAACCGGUGGACCAGUUAAACCGUGGUGGUUCAUCUGAUUUUAUGUUGAACCAUGAAAAACCGUUUGGUCCAUUAAUAACCAUCCAAGCAAUGAGUCGGACUGCUAUCGUAACUGGUUGGACAGUUCUACUGGUCCGACUGUUGAUCCGGUUCAGUUCUUAUAACAAUGGAAUUAUCUACACAAUACAUAAAGGCAAAACAUGAAUUGGAAUUCUCCGAUUUCAAAUUUCGUGGCCUGAGAGUAAUUCUAGGAAGUUCUUUUUGUCAUUGCACCCAGUUCAAAUUUAUAUAUUAAAAAAGUUAUCAUUGGAGUUCGAACUUUGGUCAUUUGAUUGAAGAAAUAGCAUUAUAACCAACUAGGCUACAUUUGAUUUAUUUCUAUUUCUUUAAUUGAACUCUAGGAAUAUGUUUGCUGAUGAUGCUUCUAUAUUUAUAUUUUAUUUUAAGUUAUUUAUAUUUUAUAGAUAGAUAUUAGUUCUGAAAUCGAAACUCAAGUAGUAUUGAUUCAAACAUUAAUAUUAAAUUGUAUGUGUUGUUUAGUUCAGACAAAAUACAGAAGUAUAAUCAAAACAUGGACCUUUGUGACGAGUAUACUCAUUUUUUUGUGACACAUCUAUACAUAAUAUAAUGAUAAAAUUGGAAAAUGUGAGUCUCAUUUCAAAUUUCGUGGUUUGUGAAUGAUUCUAUGAAGCUCUUUUUGUCAUAGUGCCCAAUAUAUCUUUAUAUUAUGUGUAGAUUUGUGAAAAAAAAUUAUUAUAUUUGUCACAAAUAUCCAUGUUUUGGCUACACAUGUAUUUUGUCUAAACUGAACCACACAUACAAUUUAUUAUUUAAUAUUUGAAUCAAUGUUACUUGAGUUUCGAUUUCACAAUUAUCACUUUCUAUAAGAUAUAAUAAUUUCAGGUAAAAUAUUUUUCCUACUUGGUUGAAGAAGCUCUUUCUAUAAGAUAUAUUCAAUGUUUUAAGAUUUUCUGUUCAAAUUUCAUGAAACAAGAGUGAAAGUAGGAAGAGUAUUUUUGUCAUCACAAUUAUUAUCUACUUCACAUGAAAAAGUAUAAAUAUCAAGAUUUGAACCAUGGUCUCUUCAAACAAAACAAUAAUCACAAUCAAUUAUACUAAACAAAUUUAUUUUAUCUUCAUAAAUUGUAAACAUGCACUAAGCGAAGAUUUGAAAAGCAGAGGACUUUUCACGGUUAGCUAGCCUAUUAAAUCUUCUGAAAAGCGAAAUUUAAUAUGCGAUUUAUAAUUUUUAUAACCUAUAAAAUGACAGGUAAUCUUAAAAUUGCAACACAAAUUUCAUUACUUGAAAUAUUGCAUAUCGAAAUGCAGUAUUGAAUAUGCAAAAGGGAUGUAGAAUUCUGUAAAUUAAUAUGAACUUUCAGAACUAAUACAAAACAAUAAUAUUUUGUAGAAACCAUAGGUGACUGGUGCUCUAAAAUUUUAGCCUGGUUAACUGCUGAACGUUAAACUCUUGCUAAUCGGGCAUGAAUGGACCCGACAAUAAUGAGAUGAUAUCGAGUUUAAUGUGAUGUUCAUUUCGUCAGUUUUGGAUCGGAUGUGUUGAUCAAUUUAUAGGCCAUUAACAUAUAAAUGAGUUAUAAUUAACCUCACUAUACAAUUUUUAUUCUUUAUAAUAUUUAAUUUAAUCUUGAUAUUUGUGAUGUUUGAAAUAUUUUAUGUAUGAUUUAGAGGUAUAAUUAUUAUUUGUGACAUCAGUUGUAGUUUAUUCAAAUGUAAUAUUUCAUCAGGUAGUCAAAAUCGACUACUGGAUCCAUUUAUGAUUGUUUUUAUCUUGGUGUUGUGAAUAGGUAGAAACUUAAUUAUUACAAUGCAUAUAACUAUACCUAGGCACAUGGACGAGCUAGCAUGACACAGUUAGAGCAUACCAUGAAGACAAUGUAUAUGGAUCGGCCAUGUGCAAGCAUAAAUGCUUCAUGAGUCGUACGAGACUUAAACUUCAAGGACUCGCGCACAAGUGCGAGCACCAUACAGUCUAUAUUGUUGAACUCAUGUUUUAUGGAGAAAUGCGUCAUUUGAUAAAAAUAAAAUAAAAUAUUUUAAAAAUAACACAAUAAAAUUUGAAUUAAUGAGUAGUUUCUCACAUCAAUGUGUGACGUCUCAUGUUCUAAAAGGUUUAUAAAAUACAUUCAUUGUUUAUUUUGAGACUUAAUCCUUUUUCAAUGUAUACAAUUAAAAAUUUAUUUAUAAAAUCAUUCUUGAUUA